AUGGCUGGUAUUCGAGACCGCACGAAACGUUUAUUUUUAUUGGCGAAACUGCAAAAAUCGAAUAACGAUGAUGAUUGCUCUGAUGAUAGUGAUGUCCCUGAUCCAUAUGGUUCAUCCGACUCAGUCAAUGAUCCAAGUUACUCACCUAGUGACUUGUCUGAACCUGAUUCAGACGCACCCGCAGAAACUGCAAACCACAAUGACACAAAGGAAAGACAUUACCGGGAACAGUUAAAAUGUGUUGAGCCUGAAACUAAAUCCUCAAUCAAAAAAGUGAAAACUGAUGAAGAAGAUUGGUUCUGUGAUACGUGUAAGUUGCUUAUUAAAAGCAAACUGAAGAGUUCGCAUUUAAGAAGCAUAGCUCACAAAUCUUUAAGUUGGGUUCCUGAAAAUGAGGAAAUUGAAGUUUGUCGCACCGCAUGCGGACGAAAAGUUGUCACCUACAGAAUAUCAAAUAAAAAAAAUUUAAUUAAGUUAAAAAAAUUCUUUGAUGACAUUAAAAUAAAAUUGACACACCUUAUUCAACAUGAAUUAACAAAGCACACAUGUUUGAAAGGUCAUUUUGAAUUAUUUGCACUUUAUCAACAACCAUCCAAAGAAAUAAGAGAAAUUAAGUCGUUAAUUACCAAAAAUAAUAUAAUUACACAUUCUACAGAUUUGGACGAGUUAUUGGAAAAAACAUAUUUGGAAAUUUACGGGAAAAGUCAGGAUUUUCAGGAACGCUUAUCAGGAUUUAGAGCAACUGGUUUGCAUCCUGAAAAUCCUGACGAAGUUUUGAAGCGCAUUUCUGGUGGAAUAAAAGAUGCAGACAUCAAAAGAGUCUUAGACAACGGCUUGAUUGAUUUGCUAAAAGAGCACCGUAGAACAAGGGCUGAGAAAAAAUAUAAAAGGGGAAAAAAGUUGAACCUGGAUUCGUCUCGUAUCGUUACAGAUCCUGAAGUUUCUGAAAAUCCUCCAAACGUUUCUGGGGAAUUUUCAACAUCAGCUGGCGAACCGGGACCCUCUUCUGUUUUGCCAUGCACACAGCAACUCUCUAUCUGA